GACACCUAAUGUGCCCAAAUCCUCUGAUGGGACAACCCAGACGUUGCGACGGGCUUUUAAAAAUCAACAAUGCCCAUAAAAUCACUUCACCAAGCAAAAACAAACACUCGCCGACGCAAACGUGUGAUUUUAAAAACAACACUUAUUCAUGGGAAGCAGCAUACCAAUCAGAGCAGUUAGACCGUCCUGAACGCACCCCUGCAUCACCUGCAACCACCAGGAGUUCAAUGCAAAUGGGCGAUGGGCGGUGUUUUCUACCGGACAAGGAAGCCCUUGCGACCAUCCAAGCCAUAUUUUCCGCUUGUCGUGUAGAUGCCGUGGCCGAGAUGAGUGUGAAGGCUUUUGAGCUAGUCCCCGCUGUGGAGCGAGACCUCCUCAUGGGCGACAAGGCUCGCAUCAACAUCGAGUGCAUUGAAUGUUGUGGAAAGCACUUGUACAUGGGUACCAAUGACUGCUUCAUCCACCACUUUCUGCUGGAUGAGAUCACCUCCUCCAAAGGGAAACUCAGCUACUCGGCUCAGAAGCUGCUGCACAAAUAUCUGGGCCUGAAAAAACCAGUCGCUGAGCUGCGUGCCGCCUCUGCUUUGGAGCGUCUCAUAGUGCUUUGCGAUGGGAUAGUGUUCCUUGUCGACAUGGUGACUUUAGAGACUGUGCCCUCGGCGGCAGGAGGUGGAGCCAAGAUCAGAGGCGUCGCUGCGUUCUGCGUUAACGAGAACCCAGUGAACGGUGAUCCAUUCUGCGUGGAAAUAGGCGUGUUGUCCUCUAAGCGGCGGACAGUGCAGAUUUACAUGGUGUAUGAGGACAGAGUCCAGCUGGUCAAAGAGGUGACCACUCCUGAGCAGCCGUGUGCCAUCAGUCUUGAUGGCUACUUCUUGUGCCUGGCCCUUGCUACACAGUACAUGAUACUGAACUACAACACGGGAGCCUUCCAGGACCUCUUCCCUUACAACAGCGAAGACAGGAGACCCAUUGUGAAGAGGAUCGGCAGAGAGGAGUUCCUCCUGGCUGCACCUGGUGGUUUGGGAAUGUUUGCCAAUGCAGAAGGUGUGUCUCAGCGGGCUCCCGUCAACUGGUCAGAGAGUGUGAUCGCUGCUGCUGUGUGUUUCCCGUACGUGGUGGCUUUGGAUGAGAGCUUCAUCACCAUCCACAGCAUGUUGGACCAGCAGCUAAAACAGACCCUUUCAUUCAGGGACGGACACAUUCUGCAAGAUUUUGAAGGGAAGGUCAUUCUGGCAUCCACUAAAGCAGUGUAUGUCUUGGUACCUCUGCCCCUGGAGAGACAGAUCCAGGACUUACUGGCCAAUCACAGAGUGGAGGAGGCACUUAUCCUCACAGAGGGAGCACAGAGAAAUAUUCCCAAAGACAAGUUCCAGAUUUUGCACAAAAGAAUCCUCCAACAGGCAGGUUUCAUACAGUUUGGACAACUUCAGUUUCUAGAGGCAAAAGAACACUUUAAGAAGGGUCAGCUCGAUGUGCGGGAGUUGAUAUCUCUCUACCCUUUGCUGCUGCCAGCUUCCUCUUCGUUCACCCGCUGCCACCCUCCUCUCCACGAGUUUGCAGAUCUCAACCACCUGGCGCAGGGUGAUCAGGAAAAAGUGCUGCGAUGCAAGAAAUUCCUUAUCAGUUAUUUGGGAGAGGUACGAAGCACAGAUGUGGUCAAUGGCUGCAGAGAGGACGUGGACACUGCACUGUUAAAACUGUAUGCUGAGCAGGAUCAUGACAGCCUUCUAGACCUGCUCGCUUCAGACAAUGCCUGCCUACUAGCAGACAGCGUCCCGUGGUUGGAGAAGUACCACAAAUAUUUUGCACUCGGGCUGCUCUAUCAUUAUAAUGGUCAGGAUUCAGCAGCACUUCAGUUGUGGAUUCGCGUGGUAGAUGGGGAUCUGCAAGACUCCACCAGAUCUGACCUUUAUGAGUACAUUGUCGACUUCCUCUGCUCCUGCUCCAAUCUGGACCUAGUUUGGAAGUAUGCGGACUGGGCUUUGAGGAAGGAUCCCACCAUAGGUGUCCACAUCUUUACUAAGAGGCCUGGCACAAAAGGUCAGUCUGAAAUGAGCCCCGAUGAUGUUAUCGCUUACCUGGGAAAGCACAGCCAGGCGCUUCUUCUGUUUUUGGAACACCUGGUGCUGGAGAGAAGGACACAGAAAGAGAAGUUCCACACACACCUGGCUGUGUUGUACCUGGAGAAAGUCAUGUCAUUGCUGUCUGAGUCCCCAACAGAUGAAGAGCAGCUCUCGAGAGCUCGAGCAAAGCUCCAAGCCCUGCUCAGGGAGUCCAACCUUUACCGUGUACAGUUUCUAUUAGCUAAGACGGAGAACUGUGAACAACUGCUGCUCGAGCGUGCGACACUACAUGGAAAGCUGGAGGAGCAUGAUAAAGCACUGCACAUCUUGGUGCACAAGCUCAGAGAUUUCCGGUCUGCUGAGGCCUUCUGUAUAUGGGCCUCGUCUUGUCGGGACUCUGCUUACCAACAGCAGCUAUUUCACCUGCUCUUGGGGGUGUAUCUGGAUGGGAACCAGACGGCGGCAGGAGGGGGUGGUGGAGAGCUGGCGAUGGCCGCAGUGGACCUCCUAAAUCGACAUGGGGAGGUGUUUGAUGCAGUCAGGGUCCUGCACAUGCUACCUGAGGGCUGGUCACUGCAGCUGCUGCGGCCCUUUCUGGGUCGCGCCAUCAGGGCCAGCAUGCAUGCGUGCCGCACCUCCCAGAUCGCUCUGGGGCUCGCCCACACUGAAAACCUUCAGCUGCUUCAUGACAGGCUGAAAGAGCGGAAGAAACCAGUCCUUGUGUCUGAGAAGAAGGGAUGCCACCUAUGCCACAACACCUUCAGUGAGCCUGAUGUGGUGUGUUUGCCAGGCGGAGUCCCUGUCCACACCCACUGUGUCGCCCAGAGACUCAGGAGCCACACAUGGCUUGACACAGCUGAGCCUUUAGAUCUGCCUCCCCCAGAGAGCUGGAGUUAAUAUUAAAUAACCUUUCCAUAAUGACACCCCUCUCAAAAAUCAAAAGAAAGUGAAGUCUGUCAUAUUCUGUCAUCAUGAAGCCCUCCGGUUCUUUACAGGCUCGUCAUCACAGAAGACUGCUCCGUCCUUAAGUGCUUGUGUAUAUGUCAGACAAGUGGAGCCUGUAUGUUAUAAAUGUUUCUCCCACGCAGACAUUUAUUGCCCAUGUUUGUGCAGCUAAACUGUGUGAGCUGUCAAUUUAUUUCAUUUGUUGGCAUAAUCCCAAAAUGUCUUCGGGAGGUGAUGUGUUGCCUGAACGGUGGUUUACAUCAAACUAUUUCACUCACAAAAUGGUGUUAUUCCAGGUGGCCAAAGAUGCAUGACUUUUACAACAAAGGAAUGAGAAAAAAAAAAAAAAACAUCUCUCACACUCACAGAUAAACUAUCUCGUUACUUAUUGUGGGCAAUAAAGAAGGAGACGUUGAUGUGUUAGUGCUGGAAUUUUGAUUGUUUUUGAUUCCUGCCAUUGUCGGGCACCUGAUACAUCAUUCUGGUUUUGGAGCAGUGCAUGCCGCUGCACAGGAAGUGAAAGGAAACCCUGAUAAUUUCAAAGCUGACACACACAGAAUACACUUCAUUAAGCUGAAAUAAUGCGUACCUCCAUGUUAUCUUUGUCACAGUUAACACUCGUCUCUCGUGCUAGCGAUGUGUCUCAUUGAAGAUUUGGUGGUUGUAACUUCUCCAAGGUCAGAAGGUGUGAAAAUGAAUCUUUACCUUUUAGAUGACACAAACUUGGCACAAGAUGUAAAUCCAGACUAGUUCUGGAUUUAAAAGAAUCUCAGUGUUCCCAAAAUUAAGAAUCUGUAGACUAUAAUUUUUUUUAGGUGUUGCCAGUUCCUGAGUAAGACAACUGCAGCAAAAACCAAAACAACAGAGAUAUGUGUCUCUGCAGUUGGUGUUUUUUUUUAACUCACCGUUGUCCAAUUUUAUUAAACACGUCACUGUUGUGGGUUUUUGCUUGUUUCUCUGGUGCCUGUGCUGUUGAUGCUAGCCUUCUGAAAUUGCAAUCCAUUUCUGUAGGGAACUCUGUACAAACAUGGGACUAUUUUUCUAACAUGGAGAUCUUAAUAUUGUAGAUACUGUAGACUUGAUUGUUUCCAUGGCAGAAAUUCACAGCUUAUGCACAGCAUCUUUCUGUCUGAACAAUCUCUGUGAAGCUUGCUUGAAAGGCCUCCUAACCAUAACUUCAUAUAAUUAAAAAAAAUACAGUUGUGUGGGGAAAAAAAUAAUGCUAUUGUAUUUUAUAAAUAUAUGAAUACUGGAAUGUAUAUACUGCAUUUGUACUUGUCUGUUGCUUUCUAAAUCAAUGGCAAUGUGAAUUGGGUGUACAAACUGUAAAUUCGUCCCACUUUAAUAAACAUGAAACUGUAUAUGAA